UCCGCUCAUCUUGGUUUUCAGUGACACGCAUGCGCACUAACAGGUCUCUGGAAUCUGAUGCAGCUCGCAGUACAGGCUGAGUCGACGCUGCCUUGGUAACGCCACACAUGCGGAGCACGAGCUGGGGACCCAGAUUUCCUGAUUUCAGAGGCUUCUUCCUACACUCUUCUCCUCCAUCCAUCCCCCCCUGUUUCUCCCAUCAGCAGUGAAUUGGGCGGCUGUGCCACCACUGUUAUGGACCCGUGGAAAUGCAGACAGGGCUGAAAAAGACGGAGUGAAAAAUAAAAAAGAAGAAAAGAGAACUUGAAGCGGCGCACAGGCAGGUAAACCAUGCCGUUGGUAAAACGCAGUAUAGAGCCUAGACACCUGUGUCGAGGUGCAGUACCUGAUGGAGUCACCAGUGAACUGGAGUGUGUUACCAAUAGCACCCUCGCUGCCAUCAUCAAACAGCUUGGUAGCCUCAGUCGUCAUGCGGAGGACAUCUUUGGAGAGCUGUUCAAUGAAGCCAACAGCUUCUACAUGAGAAUGAACAACCUACAGGAGAGAGUAGACAUACUGGCUGUCAAAGUCACACAGCUAGACUCCACCGUGGAAGAAGUCUCUCUGCAGGACAUCAACAUGCGUAAAGCGUUUAAGAGCAGUACCAUCCAGGACCAACAGGUGGUCUCACGGACCUCAGUACCCAACCCUGUGGUAGAGAUGUACCAUCGCUGUGACAAACCUCCACCUCUCAACAUACUCAGUACCUAUAGGGAUGAUAAGAAGGAUGCGUUGAAGUUCUACACAGACCCCUCCUACUUCUUUAUGCUGUGGAAAGAAAAGAUGCUGCAGGCCACGGAGGACAAGAGGAAGGAGAAGAGACGACAGAAGACCAGCUGUCCGACCCACUCUGACCAGGGUAGACCCCACAGCAGACAGGCUCCACCUCGCAGCCCACUACCCAGCUCCGAGCAACACAAACAGGUAGAGGACCCGGGGAGGGAGGUGAAGAAGGUUCGUAAGGCCCGUAAUCGCAGACAGGAGUGGAAUAUGAUGGCUUAUGACAAGGAGUUCCGCCCCGAUACCAGACUAACCCCCUCACCCUAUCACGGAAUGUCCUCCGAGGGGUCGCUAUCACCCGAUAACAGGUCUGUGGCAUCAGACAUUGGUGAGCUCUCCUACCCGUCCAGCCCUAACCACCCCUCCCAGCCCCCCUCCGCCCCCCACCCCAUCGACAGUGUCCCCCACCUCACCCAGACACCACAGAGCCAGUCCUUAGACAGGGGUGGGUACCCUCGACCUAACCUCCCCUCUGGUGUAGUCGCUGGGGGACGACAUAUCACCUCUCUGGGGCGCACUCAGCACCCCCACGCACCCCCCGCCUCCUCUGAGGGGGGAGCACUCAAUGGGCCACGGCAGCUGUCUGUCAAGGACUACAGGGCAUAUGGCGGCCAGCCAUCAGCCAUCCCCGAGUACUUCACCCCCCCUGCCCCCCCCCCCCCCCCGCCCCCCCUCAUCCCGUCCGCACAGACUGCCUUCGACUCCACCUCCUCCUCCCCCAUUCUUCCCCCCGGGGCCGUGGCGGUCAUGUCCCACCCUUACAGUCCCUCCCCUACUCCCCCCGCCCCCCCUGCCAACUAUGUCCCCUCCCCCUCUCACACCCCCUCCGGUGCCCCUCCCGCUGCCCCUCCUCCUCCCCCACCUGGUCUACCCCCCUCCCAUAUCCUGUCUCUGGCUCACGCCAUUGUUGGAGAAGCUCCUGCCACCAGGAAGGGCCAGAUGCCGAUGAUUCCGAUAAGCGACGCUCGCAGCGACCUGUUGGCUGCCAUACGUAGAGGUGUGCUUCCGAUCAGCAAUGCUCGCAGUGAACUGCUGGCAGCCAUACGCAGAGGUAUCCAGUUGAGGAAGGUCCAGGAACAGAGAGAGCAGGAAGCGAAGAGAGAGCCAGUUGGAAACGACGUGGCCACCAUCCUAUCACGUCGCAUCGCCGUCGAGUACAGUGAAUCAGAUUCCGACUCCGGCGGGGAGGACAACGGAGAGUGGUCCGACUGAAAUGGGUCAGGGGUUAAUAGGUUAAAGGGGACAAGUAUUAGGGGUCAAGUGGGUUGGGGGUUGGUCUAUCCCUUUAAAGUCUGUGUGUGUGUGGUGGGCAACAGAAAUUGAAUUCAAUCAUUUUGAAUAAAGUUUUGAACACCCUUUCCUCACAAG